CUUAAAAUAGUUAUCUAAAUUUUUCGUAUGAUUUUAAAAUAUUAUUUGCCAUGGCAAGCUUUCACAUUCAACUGCUGUCUGACAAAAAUGUUGUUCUCGUGGCGGCUCCUGGUCACGAAUCUGAGAUCUUUCUGCCUCAUGUCUGCAACAAUUGCAUUGUGCUGAGAAAUGUUAUACAAAAUCGUAGGCCAAAUUGGGAACUGGAAGGUAACGAGGAGUCAAGCCAGGGUCAAGAUCAAGGCCGGAUCAUUCAGCGUCCAUAUAUUAAGCAGCGAGCGACAACGGCAACGGCUGGUCUAGCGCCCUGGACCCCGUCUAUCAAUGGAGGUUCUUUCACCAGUCCCGCAGAUGAUGGUCCCAAAUGCCAACAAUUUUCUCUCAAACUAAUCUCUAAUGUCAAUGUGGUGCUGGUGGAAUGUGAGGUCCUCGAAUCGGAGAUAUUUUUGCCACAAAUUUGCGGUCACUACAUAGCCAUGAAACGUGUCACUGCCGCGGAACUGCUGCAGGGUUCUUGUCUAAGUUCUAGACCCCAAAUCCUAGCAAUCCAACCAGCCAAGGAUGACUGUCAACGGUUUCAUCCUGCUCCAACUUCGAAGGCCAUGGCUAAAAAUUUGCCAGUGAAAGUGUCAAACAGUGCAAAGACCAUGCCAAAGAAACGAAAGAACUUUCCUAAUCAGGCGAAAAGCACUCAUUUCGGAGCCGGAGAUCAGAGAAUGUCGAAAUUCCUAAGGCCAUAAAUGUUAAAGAUAUUAUUUUUUCAUUAUCUGUUGGUAUUUAAGUGUUAAAAUAAAUGGCAUGUGGUUUCUGUAA